AUGGUUCAGUGUAGGCAGAACUUCCACAGUGUUUUCCAGUCGCCCUUAGGACAGAUAACAGUGAUCGUGUGGGCCUUGCGGUUUGCCCACGUCUGUGGCCUCCACGUGGACGGCAGGGACCGCCGCCCAGCCCUGACUCCCGAGUUCUCACAGCGCUUGAACAACAAGAUUCGAGAGCUUCUUCAGCAAAUGGAGAGAGGCCUGAAGUCGGCAGACCCCCGGGACGGCACGGCCUACACGGGCUGGACAGGCAUCGCUGUGCUCUACCUGCACCUCUACGACGUGUUCGGGGACCCCGGCUACCUGCAGAUGGCGCACGGCUACGUGAAGCAGAGUCUGAACUGCUUGAGCAAGCGUUCCAUCACCUUCCUCUGCGGGGACGCGGGCCCCCUGGCGGUGGCCGCAGUGCUGUACCACAAGAUGAGCAAUGAGAAGCAGGCCGAGGACUGCAUCACCCGGCUGAUUCACCUAAAUAAGAUUGAUCCCCACGCUCCAAAUGAAAUGCUCUAUGGACGGAUGGGCUACAUCUAUGCGCUUCUCUUUGUGAACAAGAACUUUGGAGUGGAAAAGAUUCCUCAAAGCCAUAUUCAGCAGAUUUGUGAAACAGUCUUAACCUCUGGAGAAAACCUAGCUAGAAAGAGAAACUUCACAGCGAAGACUCCACUGAUGUACGAAUGGUACCAGGAGUACUACGUGGGGGCUGCCCACGGCCUGGCAGGGAUCUACUACUUCCUGAUGCAGCCCAGCCUUCAGGUGAGCCACGGGAAGUUACACAGUUUGGUGAAGCCCAGCGUGGACUACGUCUGCCAGCUGAAAUUCCCGUCCGGCAAUUACCCUCCGUGUGUGGACGAUACGCGAGAUCUGCUGGUCCACUGGUGCCACGGCUCCCCGGGGGUGAUCUACAUGCUCAUCCAGGCCUAUAAGGUGUUCAGAGAGGAGCAGUAUCUCAACGACGCCUAUCAGUGUGCCGACCUGAUCUGGCAGCACGGGCUGCUGAAGAAGGGCUACGGGCUGUGCCACGGCACCGCGGGCAACGCCUACGCCUUCCUGGCGCUGUUCAACCUCACGCAGGACGUGAAGUACCUGUACAGGGCCUGUAAGUUCGCUGAAUGGUGCCUGGAUUACGGAGAACACGGAUGCAGAACACCGGACACCCCCUUCUCCCUCUUUGAAGGAAUGGCUGGAACGAUAUACUUCCUGGCUGACCUGCUGGUGCCCACGAAGGCCAGGUUCCCUGCGUUUGAGCUGUGAAAGGAAAGCUUGCCCCUGCAGUCACUGCAUGACCCUGUCUGCAUAGCAAGCCUGGGCCAAGUGCUUCGUCGCUUUUCAAGGCAAUAGAGAGUCAAACUGUGCACUUGAUUUAGUGGGUUUCUUUUCAGAAUUUGUCUUUAGUUCAGUUCCUUUUCUUUGUCAUUUACUUUAAAAAUAUCCAAGGAAAUCUUUUAACUUCA